CUUGGGGGCUAAAAAGAGAACAAAUGAGCAGGACUCCCAAACACAACAAUAAUGAAGAGCUCCACGAUACACUGUUGGAGUCCUCGAAACACCCUGCCCCUGGGGGUGAACACAUAAGCUCAGAGCUAGAAGACGCACUGUCGGACACAGGGGUGUCGAAACACCGGCGACUACAAAAGGCCACCUCCGUUGAGCUCAAAAAUCUUUUCCGGCUGGCAGCUCCGGCCAUCAUUGUUUACUUGCUCAACAAUGUUACUUCCAUGUCUACCCAGAUUUUCUGUGGGCAUCUUGGUAAUCUCCAACUUGCUGCUGCUUCUCUGGGCAAUAAUGGCAUCCAACUUUUGGCGUAUGGAGUCAUGCUUGGAAUGGGAAGUGCAGUUGAGACACUAUGUGGACAAGCCUAUGGAGCGCACAAGUAUGAAAUGCUUGGAAUUUAUCUCCAAAGGUCAACCAUUCUUCUCAUGUUGGCAGGACUACCCCUCUUAGUGGCAUAUCUAUUCUCCAAACAAAUCUUGGUCUUAUUAGGAGAGUCCAAAUCAGUGGCUUCGGCCUCCGCCCUCUUCGUCUAUGGUCUGAUCCCACAAAUUUUUGCUUACGCUGCAAAUUUUCCGAUACAGAAAUUCUUGCAGUCCCAAAGCAUUGUAAAUCCUAGCGCGUAUAUAUCAGGAGUAACGUUAAUUUUGCACAUCUUCCUCACGUGGGUGGCGUUGUAUGUGUUGGGGUGGGGAUUGUUUGGCGCGGCUCUGGUGCUAAGCUUUUCGUGGUGGAUCAUAGUUGUAGCACAAUUUGUGUACAUAUUGUUGAGCAAGCGGUGUGAGAAGACGUGGGGAGGGUUCAGCCUUAGCGCAUUUUCUGGGCUGUGGGAUUUCUUUAAGCUCUCCAUUGCAUCUGCUGUGAUGUUGUGUUUGGAGACAUGGUACUUCCAGAUUCUGGUCUUGAUUGCUGGUUUGCUUCCUAACCCCGAGGUUGCUUUGGAUUCUCUCGCCGUUUGUUCAACAAUUCUUGGAUGGGUGUUCAUGAUAUCUGUUGGUUUCAAUGCUGCAGCAAGCGUGAGAGUGAGCAAUGAGCUGGGGGCAGGGCAUCCCAAGUCGGCUUCAUUUUCGGUCAUAGUGGUGACGCUAAGUUCUUUCCUAAUUGCGGCGGCGAUCGGGAUUAUGGUAAUCAUCUUCCGCCACAAGCUUAGCUACGUCUUCACCGGCGGUGAAACCAUUGCCGAUGCAGUUUCAGAUCUGGCCCCUCUUUUGUCCAUCUCCAUUCUCCUCAAUGGCAUUCAACCCGUUCUUUCUGGGGUGGCUGUAGGUUGUGGAUGGCAAGCAUUUGUGGCCUACGUUAACGUGGGGUGUUACUAUGUUGUCGGUAUUCCCGUAGGUGCUGUCCUUGGUUUCAAAUUCCAACUUGGAGCUAAGGGAAUUUGGCUGGGGAUGCUUGGAGGAACAGCCAUGCAGACCCUUAUACUUUUGUGGGUCACUUUCCGCACUAACUGGGAUAAAGAGGUUGAAGAAGCGAAAAACCGGCUAAGAAAGUGGCAUGAUAAGGGGGAUUUGCUGAAUGAUUGACACAGACUUUUACGAGUUGUAGGUGCCGUUAUAUUUAAGUCCAUUUAAUCGGGAGAAGGAUACGGAAUAAGGUAAGGGGAGAAAAGGCGGGUGUGCGGUGGAAAAUAAACGAAUAUUACUAAAAUAAAAAUUAUUUACAUAAAUAUGACUAUUCAUUAUUACAAUGUAAUAUUGUGAUAACUUUAAAACUUGAACAUGAAUUACUAUGAUUUUAUUACUACUAUAGUAACUAGUCAUAUUUUUGUAAAUCAUCUUUAUUUUGGUCAUAUUUAUAUAAUUAUUUCAAAAUAAUAAAUCCUUGUGGACAUUUAUUUACACAAUAAAUAAGCAUGAAUGUUUAUAUACACAUGAG